AUUCUGAUCUCCUCAUCACAUUCAAAUUUACACACUCUCCCAAGCUAGCUCAACAGCUACAUAUAACAAUUGAAUCUGCAUAUUUUUUAAAUACCUGAUCCUCCUCCCACUACCAAGUACCCUUUUUCGCCAUCAACCAUGCAACGAAUUUGCUGCGUCCUCCUCCUCCUCUCCGUGCAGACCAUCAUCGGCCAACAAGUCCAACAAAGGGCCAUCCUCUACGAAUCUCGAAACCAGCUCGGAGAGUACAUAAUAAUUCCUCAGACCUACGCUCCAGACUUGCAACAGAACAAUUUCGACAACCGAGCACAAUCCGUUUGUGUCACUGGAAUGUGGAUCUUCUAUGUCAACUCCAUAUAUAACACGGGUGAUUUGAGUGGCGUAGAAUAUGUAUUUGGCUCUAGCAACUUUUGCACUAAUUUGGUCACGGUGGGAGGAUACGUGAGUUCGGCGAGGUUUGCUGGCUCCCCUCAAGAUUUCCGCUCCGACACCUUCACCCUCUACGCGGAGGAUUAUUUCCAGGGGGAUGAGGAGUACACCUUCGCCGACUUGCCGAACCUCAACCUUGCAGGGAAUCACAAGUCCAUUAUCAUCACGGGGGCUUCCCCAUGGACCGUUUAUGACCAGCCAGGAUACAUUGGAAAUUCCAUCUGCCUUUACCCAGAACCUUCUUCCGAGUACAAACCAUACCUUAUCACGGAUGUCAGCCAAGUGCAAAUCCCACACGGAACCAUCCGAUCCGUUCGACGUGGUUGCGUGGGGAAAGUUCAAGGCAGCGAGAACAAUGUGGCUGACCUCGCUCGAUUUGGAAGUAAAGUAUUAUAGCGUUAUAAAUUUUGAGGUGUAAUAAAUUAUUAUUUACAAUAAAAUUUGCAUAGAUAUUUGUAUGCAUCGGAAAAAUACUAUUCAGUAAAAUUUGCACAAUUGA